AUAGUCUGACCCUGUCUCUGUGUCUCUUUGUCUGUGUGACCCAUUCACUCUCUCACUCGCCAUUUCCAGUAAGAGAGAGCGACUUCACCUUCAAUCUUCUUCCUAUAAGACUUCCCUUUCUCUUUCUCUCUCCUGUGUCCCUUCUCUUCUUUCUCUGAGCAAUAACCAAUACCCACACUUUCAAUCUUCCGGAUCUUGUUGCUGUUUGUCGAUCCUUCAAUCGUGAUCCUUUACCCAAUCCUCAUUCUGGGUCCCUUUUCUUUCCGGGGUUUAGGUUUUAGAUCUCUUUGUUUCCUGUACUUCAACUCGCUGUUUGCUUCACUCAUGACUUUUUGACUACCCCUUUACCAGGUUAGUCUGAGUGAUGGAUCCAAUUAACCUUUUACCUGCUGAUGAUGGGGUUGAAGUGGUCCACCAAAAUGGUGUUCAUGAUGAACCAUCUAAUUCUGGAGGGGAUGGUUGUGUUUCAUAUGAUUUAGACUCCAGUGUUGCCGAAACUGAAGAAACCGUAGCUCUAAAUGGAAUUUUUGAUAAUUUCCAUCAGUUUGAAAGUGCUGCAACUGAUAACUCGUUGGUUUCAGAAAUCGAAGAAUCAAAUGACAUCAUUGAUGGCAAUAAUACUACCAAUCCUAAGGAAGAGGAGGUGAAAAUAACAGAUCAAAAUAAGCAAUCAAGAGCACAAAAGGGUCUUUUCAAGAAUAAGAAUGCAAAGGCUACAAGUUCUGGUGGUGUUCGUGCAAGUUUGGCAAACAAGAGCAAAACUGGAAAAGAUAAAGAAGCAUCUUCUGUUUCAAAUGGUACUUCGGCUUCAGAUUCUCACCCAAGACAGUCUAUUAAAAGCAGAUCAUUCAACGACAGGCAGACACAAUUAUCAAAGCACCCUUCAAAGUCUGAUGCAGCAAAUUCUGAAGUAUCUGUGGAGAAGACAAAACCAAAAUCACUGAAAAAAGGACCCCUUGAUAAAGUUCAAGGAGAAGCAGAAUCUUCCUUAAGUACAAACACAGAAGAUGCCAAACCUCGAAAAAUGGGGACACUUCCAAAUUAUGGAUUCAGUUUUAAGUGUGGUGAACGAGCUGAGAGAAGAAGAGAGUUCUACAAUAAGCUUGAGGAAAGGAUUCAAGCAAAGGAGGUGGAGAAGAGUAACUUGCAAGCAAAAACCAAGGAGAGCCAAGAAGCUGAGAUUAAGAUGCUUAGGAAGAGUCUAACAUUUAAAGCAACACCAAUGCCAAGUUUUUACCAGGAGCCUCCUCCUCCUAAGGUGGAGCUAAAGAAGAUACCAACUACAAGAGCCAAAUCACCCAAGCUUGGUCGUAAGAAGGAUUCAGCAAAUUCAGAGUCAGAUGGAAACACAAGCAGCAGUUCACGACUAGCUCGUUUAAGUCUGGAUGAGAAAGUGUCAGAGAGUAACCCCACCAAGGGACCUGCUCCUCCCAUUCAUCAAAAGAAGCCACAACGAAGAUCGCUUCCUACUCGACUGGUUUCUGAAAAGAACAGUUUAUCUUCAUCAAAGGCCAUCAAAGAUAAAAAGUCUUCCUUAUCUAGUGCUGCCAAAAAAGAUACCAACUUAUCCAAUGCAAAUAAAUCUGAGAUUGUUGCAAAUGAAAAGAAAGGUACCUUGUCCAUUGAGAUAAGUGAUGCUAUGCCUCUUAAUGUGGUUCCUUCAGACAAGCCAAGUGAAGAAGAAUCUCAUGUGAAUGGUGAUGUAGCAGUUGAAGAGAAUCUUCAAACCUCCUUGGCACAAGAAUCCAUUGCAGCAGAGCAUUGAGCAAAAUAGUGAGUUACUUCUUUAGAAUUUGAUUCAUCUGGUGAGAUAAUAUAGAAGCAUAUGGCUCAGAUUAUUUGACAAUUAAGAAGGCUUGCAGAUUUACAUUAUGGUUUGUGUUGUCAUCAUAUCCAAGCAGCAUUGUUUCUUUACGUGUAAACACCCAAGCUUGCCGGUUCGGUUUGGUCUGGUCUGGUCUGGUUUGGUCCUCAUUCUCUUUUGCACUUGCAGCAAUGAAUGUAACAAUUUGCCAGGUUAUUAUGGUUGAUGUUAUUUUGGUAUAUGCAACAUUUGUCUGUUUAGUGGACAUUUAUUUGGGGGAAAAUUUUGAGAAAGUUUGCCAUCUGGUGAUGAUGGUUCAAGUGCUUAUUGUUCAAUGUUCAGGCCUUUGCUUUGUUAAACAAUUUGACAUUGUCGCAUGUACAAACUGUUUGUGUUAUGGACACCCUUCUAGCUGAAUCAUAUGGAUCAAAUUCUGCUUUGUGGUACAGCUUUGGUU